GAUCCGGCACUUCUCAACUUUCCUCACUCAGUUUGAUGAUCCGGAACCUACAACCGCCACACUGGGUUAUUAACGUACGUGGACUGUCGCUUUCAUAGGAAGUCGUCUUUUUCUGUCUGCGAAAGUGCUUUCGGAUGACCUACGCGAACUUUAUUGCGUGUUUAAGUUUAUUUUGACGAUAAAACUGAUUUUGUUGCGGCUCCAUGGGAACUAUCGUUAGGCUGACACGUGUAUGAGUGCAAGAAUCCCCCUGCCUGGAUUACUAUGUGAUUGGCGUGGAUGCACGCUGUUGUUUAUUAUGGUUGCUAAAAUAUCGCGUCUCAUCUUUUGAGUGGACGAGGCAGCAGUUAGCUUUAGCAUAGCAAAAGGCCUUGCCCUAGUCCGGACUGCGGCACGACCCUCACACUGCUGCUGUGUUGGCCGUGGACAUACACGCACACCUUCAGCAUUGGGGAAGUCACAUUGCCCAUAUUUUGAAGUUUGAUUUCCAAAGGAGUGUAACUUCGAGGGAGUUGUUGUCGGAAGUGUUCGGCAUCAUCUGGGAGCUGCCGCUGGAUAUGACGUAACCCUACACAUCUACACAACUGAAGACGGAUGCAGAAAGUGAUGUUGCUUCUCAAGCAUCUGAAAAUGACUAUCGAAAACUGGACGAAUAAAAGCUAAAAACAGAAGCCAAAUGAGCGACUCACGGUCCACAUUCACUGACAGAACCAGUAGCAUUCUCAGCCGUGACCAUCCACCUGACAAGAGGCCCAAAAGUGAUAAGCUGCCCGGAACUCCAACACAUGAAUUUGACACUACAGGGCUGGUUCAGAGAUGUGUAAUCAUUCAGAAAGAUGAGAAUGGCUUUGGGCUGACCGUCAGUGGGGACAACCCUGUUUUUGUGCAGCUCGUCAAACAGGAUGGCGCUGCAAUGCGUGCAGGCAUUCAGACUGGGGACAGGAUCAUUAAGGUGAAUGGGACCUUGGUGACUUAUUCAAACCAUGUUGAAGUGGUGAAAUUAAUAAAAUCUGGCUCCUACGUGGCCCUCACAGUAUUAGGCCGACCUCCCGGGUCGCCCCAGGUCCCACUUUCUGAGGUAGACGCAGGCUUUGGGUCACCCGGGGACACUUUUGUUACAUCCUCCAACUCUUUCAAUGCAGCAGAGUGCACCUCUUCUCCUCUUGUACCAUGGGAAGAGAACAGUGCUCCUCGCAACCAAAAAAUGGACAACAGUAGGAUGGUGUCUACGGAGCAACAGGACAUACAGGGACCGAAGGAUAAAUAUGGCAAAGCUCUGACACCCAAACCACUACGGGUUAUCCAAGAUGCCAAGAAGCACAUUCCACAGCAACAGGGCCAGCUCAACAGGGCUACACAUGAUGGUCUAUAUCUCAGAAACAGUGGAGAUGGCUGCUGGGUUGAUGAUGAUCAUUUUAAGGGAGACUUCAGCCCUGAAGGUUUAUGGAGUGGAAGUUCAGUGGCAUCUGUCCAUCGGCGGUUCUACCCAUCUUCUCCUGACAGCCAAAGAGUCUCCAACUGUUCCAGUCCAAAGAGCACUCCCAGAGACAGCCUCAACUCCUGCCCCUCUCCUGAGGCUGAGAAUGGCUCUGACCUGGAUUCUCACUUCCAAUCUAUCAUAGGCAGCCCCUCCUCCCACCUAAUAAUCCACCCUGAAGAUGACGACUUUGACACAGAACAGGAGCAGGUGAAUGGCCAGUGCAGCUGCUUCCAGAGUAUCGAACUGCUCAAGACUCGCCCUGCUCAUCUUGCAGCCUUCUUGCAUCAUGUGAUCUCCCAGUUUGACCCUGCACCUCUGCUCUGCUACCUUUAUGCCAACCUCUACAAGCAGACAAACUCAAAAGAAACUCGUCGCAUCUUCACAGACUUCUUAACGUUCUUCAUAGACCACGGGGCAAAUUUGAAAGUAGCUGUGCCUGAAUCUAUAUCCUCUGAGCUCGAGCGACGAAGACCAGACCUGAUUCCCGAGGAAUUACACAGGCAGUAUAUACAGACAAUGCUGGAAACGCUUCUCCCUGAUGUACAGAGACACUUAGAAGACUUUCGGCAGAAGCGCAGUAUGGGCUUGACUCUGGCUGAGGUAGAGCUGUCUCGUCUGGACUCUGAACAGCUGGAUCUGGAGAAGGAGAAAUCAUGUGCAGAAAACAUCCUCUCCAAGAUAGAUGAUAUCCUGUUGACUUCACAACCUACAGAAGAAGAAAAAAGCACCACCAUGCAGUAUGUGAUUCACAUGUACAUGAAGCAUCUGGGAGUUCGGGUGAAAGAGCAACGAAACCUGGAAUCCAAACGAGUCCGAAUUCAUUUCCUUCCUUCGAAACUGAGGAGAAGUUGCAAACCAGAGAAGGAUGGAGAGGAGAAGCUGAAAAAGCCACGCUUCCCCAUUCGAGUGACCCCACGGUGGCCUGGUCGUGUUGAAUCAGUACCAGCUGGGAGGGCAGGGGAUAAUGUCAAGCAGAGGCCUCAGAAGCAGAUGUCUCAGCCAGCGUUGGGCGGGUCAGAGCCAAUAGAGGGUGGACCUCUGCGGGGCAGUCAGUCGAUUGAGGGUUCAGACCUUAUACAGAGCCCAGGAUUCACCACCUCACCCCCAUACAGCAUCCACUACAGCUCAUUGUCAGACCCCUCUGGAAGGGAGACAGAGUUUAGGAUGAGUCCAUCUGCAGUGGUUUCCCGACUGAGCGAUGGGCUGCAGUCUGGAGAUGUACUGGACAUCAUUUACCCAUCCUGUGACUACAUCCCAUACAGUAUGGACCAGAUGGAUGAAGAAAGAGAUGGAGACAGACUCCUUGAUGUGGGCACACCUAAACUGAUUAGAAGGUUUGAGGAGCUGCAGAGUGAAGAUGAUCAGGGGAGUGAUGUUUACUCCGAUUUAGGUCCUCCUAACUGGCAGCAGCUGGUCGGGCGUGAUGUUUUAGCAGGCCUGACACCCCACGAGAUCAAGAGGCAAGAAGUCAUUAAUGAACUUUUCUACACGGAACAAGCUCAUGUGCGCAUGCUGAAAGUCCUAGACAGUGUGUUUUACCAAAAACUCACCCGAGACAACAUACUGUCCCCUGCUGACAUCAAAAACAUAUUCACCAACCUGGAGGAAAUCAUUCAACUGCACAUGAGGAUAUCAGAUCAUAUGACUGUGAUCCGCAAGGAGUCAUCAGUUAUUGACCAGAUUGGAGCCGAUUUACUAUCUUGGUUCAGUGGUUCAGAAGAGGAACAGAUCAAGCAAGCGGUGAGCACUUUCUGCAGUAACCAGCCCUUCGCCCUGGAGCUCAUCAAAUCCCGGCAGAAGAAGGACCAGCGUUUCACCACCUUCAUGCAGGAGGCUGAAAGUAAUCGACGGUGUCGGAGAUUACAGCUAAAAGACAUCAUCCCCGCAGAGAUGCAAAGGUUCACCAAAUACCCUUUACUGAUGGACAACAUUGCCAAAUACACAGAUGACUCUGAGGAGAAAGACAAAGUAAGAAGAGCAGCCGACUGCUGUCGAAAAAUUCUGUACCACGUUAACCAUUCUGUGAAGGAGUCAGAGAAUAAACAGAGAUUGGAGGACUACCAGAGACGACUGGACCUUUCUUCUUUAAAGCAGAGCGAGAACCCCAUGAUCUCAGAGUUCAAGAACCUGGAUCUCACUAAGCGGAAGAUGGUUCAUGAGGGUCCUUUGUCCUGGAAAGUUAACAAAGACAAAACCAUUGAGCUGUACACAUUACUACUAGAAGACAUACUGGUACUGCUGCAGAAACAGGAUGAACGUCUUAUUCUCAGGUGUCACUGUAAGAACCUAGCAGGAACUGCUGACACCAAACACAUAUUCAGUCCCAUCAUCAAACUCAGCACUGUGCUAGUGCGCUCAGUAGCCACAGACAACAGGUCAUUCUUUGUGAUCUCCAUGUCAGAAAACGGAGCUCAGAUAUAUGAACUGAUGGCCCAAACAGUGUCUGAGCAAAGCAUGUGGCAGCAGCAGAUCACUCAGAGGGCAGAUGUUAUGAAAGGCACACUCCACAGUGUUAUUCCUUUACCUCAGCACGAUGGGGACAGAGAGAGAGAGUUAAGUAAGUUCAGUAAAGGCUCUGAAUGCAUCUCCACAGGAAGCAUCCAGUCUGCAGAGAAGGACAGUGAUUUUUCUCACUCGGUAGCACUGCAGGACUGUGUCCCUGACUCUAACCCUGAAGAAGAGGAUCAGGACCGAAGGCUUAGCCAGGGAGGCUCCUAUGUGGACUCCGAACUCUUGAAUGGCAGGGAUGCAGACACUCUCUCCUGUUCGUCUAAAGCAGACGAGGCCCUGAAAACCUUGGCAGCGCUGAAGCAAGUGCUUGUGACUCAGCUGAUGGCUCAGGAUGAGGGCGAGCGAUUGUGCCGAUCGACUGGUAGCCGUCUCCUCAGGACCACCUCGCUUCGAACACCGGUGGAGCAGAGCUCCACUCGCACCCCUAGCCGAGCUCAGGACUACACCUCUGGAGAUACAGGCUUCUACGAGUGCCCAGAGGAUUUCGCUGCUUAUCUGGUUCUGGAUGGGUACGGUGGCUCGGGUGAGAGCAGUACCGAUGACGAUAUUCAGGUUGGCAGAAAGGAGUUGAGUUUGGCUCAAAACUGUGCUGCUGACUCGGGCAUCAGCCUCAAAUUCUCCUCACCCUCCACAGGAAGCACAUCUCGUCUCAGCAGACAGGUCCUCUCACAUAUCCGCAGCCUGCAGGCAAACCUCAACCACCUCAAGGAGAUGGAAGCAAAGUAUUAUAAUCUGCUUCGCCAAAGGCCAGUUGGGUCAGGCACCGAUACAGACGAGAGCAGAGAUAAGAAAUAGAGUGGCAGAAGAUCCUGACUCCUGUGAUGAAAGGAACACCACUUCAAUCCUUAACAUGGUCCACACAAACCUGUCUUCCUCACUGAACACCUCCACCCAAAAAUGAGGGGAAUAUUCUAACAAGGCCUUUCGCUUCUGUCAGCACUCAUCAAUUAGGGAAGACAGACUGUCUCCUCUCAGCCUUACCUGUCCUGAGAAUAUUGUCCUCAUUCCAGCACACGUGGGCAGCCAAGUCCUCCCCUUUCCCAGCAGUAGCCUAGCUAGAGAAAAGAGAACUAUUCCAAAAUGUACAAAGCUGUGUUUAGAAAAUAUAUAUGUAAUAAACACAAGUAUUUUUUUUUUUUUAAACUAAUGUAUAAAGGUUGUUUUCAUUUAGUUUUUUAUCCCAAGAUGUAUUUAUUUUUCUUUUUAUUGUUUUCCAUGUUUCUUGCAUGCUUCUUGGCUGUUGAAACUUUUAAAGCUGUCUGUCCCUGUAGGCUUCAGUAAGACUGAACAGGGCAAGCGGACUCUUUCGGACUCUUAAUUCUCCCUCAUAAAUUUGUGUGGUAAAUGAAGAGAAGUUUUCUCUCAGUUCGUCCAGCCAGGUGACAUUCCUCUCAAAGCCCCAGACUGAUUCAUUUGCCCUCGAGACCCUCCUGCCUGAUGAAGAGUGGAUGGAGCAGAGGCUUCUUGGUCUGCAGAGAAAUUUGAUGGCUGCGGAAAUAGAACAAUUUAUAACCAUCAAGAUGUAUAGUGACGCAAAGCCUGUAAAUAAAGAUGCAAUGACAACCUCUGUACUGAUCUGUUUUCACCAUUUGCUAGUGCCACAAAAUGAGUAAAUGAUGCACAUUAUUUGUUUUAAACUUUGUCUGUUUGAUUAUUCUAGUGCAGCCACCGAAAAUAAUGGGAAAUGGUACAAAUUGUUGUUUUUUUACCUGCUUAAUAAGUAGAA